UAUUUUUCUAUCGUAUCUGGUUAAAGUGGAUAAAAUAAGUUUCGGCGUUACCUGAAUUCGGUCAAGUGCUGAGCAGGCGCUGUUUCUUAAAAAGCAUUUGCUCCUUCGAUUUUGAAGGAGUAAACAUCGUAGGCCAUAAACUAAUGCGAUCUGUGACUUCUAAGACGGACCUUAAAAACACAGUGAGACUUCUUAGGAUCCCCAUUGCAUUCCUGGCGAAACUACAAAACGAAUAACGCUUAUCAAUAAUAUAAAUAUCUGUGAUGCAGCAAUUGCAAAUUCUCUCCUAAUCUACCAAAAACUAUCCAUAAUGCAAAGGUGCAGUGAACUGGGCAAGAAUUUAGAGACCUGGCAGCUCUUACUUCGCUUUGAUCGGAACAACCUGAAGGUGAAGAAGGGCCCAAACGGACACUAUUUGGAUAGCGAAUGUCGGGAUGAGCUGCGCAAGUCGAUACCUGCGAAGUCAUUCCAGGAACAGAUGAGCAGGGUAGCUAAAUGGCUGAAACGGCUGGACGAGGUGAACGAUAUUGGGAGCCCUGAAGCGAAAUCUCAGCAGGACAACGAAAAGCAAUCCGAGUUACCAGCUAAGAACCAAGCGAAACGGAAAGUACUAGCCAACCCAUCAGUCGUGGACCUUUGCAGCGAUGAAGAAGAUGAGAAAUCAGUUGUUCGCUUUCUUGAUAAGGAGACCCUGGACGCCGAAUCAGUUAUAUCCAAUUCCUCGCUUAUGGUCCUUGACGAUGAGCUGGGCGAGGUCAAUCUGAAGGACUAUGCUGAUCACCUCGAUGGAAAAUUGGAUGAAGCGUCUUUGAGGAAGCGAAAUCUCCGGGAGGAGGAUAACACAUCUCUUAACGCCAAUAAACAGACAUCGAUAAAAGAGUUCCUGACUUCCAAAAAAUCUAAGCAAGACCAAACUAUAUCUUUUGCCUCCCGGCACUGUUUGAAAACGUAUGUCAGACGACCAAAGAUAUCAAGUAAUACAAGUGGCGAAUCAGGCCAGGUACUUAGAGAGCUAAACGUCACAGAUGGUACCACAUAUAACAUCUCCUUCAAGGAGAAAUCAUCCGACCUCAUAGUUAUGGUUGACCAAGAAGUCGCGGCUAUCAAUGAAGAAACCCGCGAAUUUUUUAUAAUUAAGAAUCGAAAACCGAAAUCCCCAACAGAUGGGGAGCCUAACCAAAGUGAUAACAAGAAAGAGGUAUCAAAUUCCGACGACUUGAUCGAGAAAGAUGAUUCACCCUGUGAUCCCUUAGCAAGUUUAGAUAUUAAUGUUCAAAGUAAGUCUCACCCAGAAGUGCCUUCUGAAAUUCAUGGAGAGGCGAUGAAAAAUAUAAACAUAUUGAACGAAUCACAAAAGAAAGUAGGAGCAAAGGACAUUCCGCUCCCGAAGGGCAUACUUUCAACUGACCGAGAGGCUCAUAAAGAAAAUAACCCGGAUACGGGUAUAACACCAGAAGUUCCUCCCCAAUCCCCAAUAAAUGCGAACCGAUUUCGUAGUGACCUGGUUUCCUUCCCAGAGAAUAUGAUUCGGGUUCGCACUGACCUCUUGCAGGAGCAAGUGGAUCGUGCACCUGUCAAUGAGUUAUUGAACACAGCUGGCCCGUCUGAUCCUUCCGAGGCACUGAGAACUGGUGAAAAGCGAAGGUUGUCACCGCAACCGUCAGGAAAACAGUGCAAUAGUCACGGGCAGACGAAAAGGACAGCCGUGGAUGGCUAUAAUCCCACAUCAGUGGCAGCCUCUACAUAUUCACCGAAUAUUCCGAAGGACGCUGCACCAGCAUUUAACUACAGCUAUCAAGUAAAUAAGCCACCACCACCCGCUCCAGCCACAUCAUCCAGCUAUCCGGCGACUGUUCCCUAUAAUGCUUCUCCAGUUUCCUCUUCCCAACCCUCUGGUCUGCUGCCCACACCAGUAUUAAACGGCGGAUAUUCACGGGCUAUCUCUUCUACUGUAACCAGCUCACGCUAUCCAGUGGAUCCGCGACCAGCCAAUUCGUAUUGGUGCCCUCCAGCUAAUCCGGUGGUUACUCCGGCCAGUACCACCAGCUCCAGUUACCAAAGACAAAACCCUGUGCGUGCUGUAUGGGCUAGUGAUUAUCAACCAAUAUUGCCAAAAAUUUCAUUACUAGAUACGCCACCCCAAAAUAUUCCUGGGCGUCCUGUUCCCUCAGCUGCAAUUAAUAAUGCGCCUACAGGAUGCAAUCCUCGCACCGACUCGACCAACAUCAUGGACAUGCUAGAACAGGUGAAGAUGUUUGCCUACGGUCAAGAAAAUACGGAGGCUUUCCACCUCAACCAGCUAAGCCACAGUCUUCAGACGGGAGCCGCACCUAGAUUCCAAGCUCCCCGGCGAAAUGUUUGAGUAUUGAACCACAUUGCAAACGACGACCUCAUCUCGAAUAUUUGUUUCUUGCCUAGUUUUAGGCCUUUGUUAAAUACGCAAGAUAGAAAAUAUGAUAGAAAAUAUCAAUAAAAUCAUAGUAAUACAAUAUUACGAAUUCUGGCAGCUGAAAA